ACGGACCGGACGGGCUUCACCUUCAAAUACAGGGAUGAGCUUAAACGGCACUAUAACCUGAGUCAGUACUGGGUGGAGGUGGAGAUGGAAGACCUGGCCAGCUUUGAUGAAGAUCUCGCUGACUAUCUGUACAAGCAACCAGCAGAGCACCUGCAGCUGUUGGAAGAAGCUGCAAAAGAAGUUGCAGAUGAGGUCACCCGUCCUCGUCCUUCAGGGGAGGAAACUCUCCAAGACAUCCAGGUGAUGCUGAGAUCGGAUGCAAACGCAGCCAACAUCCGCAGCCUGAAGUCUGACCAGAUGUCCCACCUUGUGAAGAUCCCUGGGAUCGUAAUUGCAGCAACCCCCGUGAGAGCCAAAGCCACCAGAAUAGCCAUCCAGUGCCGCAGCUGCCGCAACACCAUCAGCAACAUUGCGGUGCGCCCGGGCUUGGAGGGUUAUGCUCUCCCCAGGAAAUGCAACACAGAACAAGCUGGCCGCCCAAAGUGCCCGCUGGACCCCUAUUUCAUCAUGCCAGAUAAGUGCAAGUGUGUGGACUUCCAGGUCCUGAAGCUGCAGGAGUCCCCGGAUGCCGUGCCGCACGGGGAGAUGCCCCGGCACUUGCAGCUGUACUGUGACAGGUACCUGUGUGACAAAGUUGUCCCAGGGAACAGAGUCACUAUCAUGGGCAUUUAUUCCAUCAAGAAGUCUGCCCAGAGCAAGAACAGAACCCGUGACAACGUGGGCGUAGGCAUCCGAAGCGCUUACAUCCGUGUGGUGGGCAUCCAGGUGGAUGUGGAGGGUUCAGGACACAGCUUUGCUGGCUCAGUCACCCCUCAAGAAGAGGAGGAACUUCGUCGCCUUGCUGCCAUGCCCAACAUCUAUGAGACCAUCGCCAAGAGCAUUGCACCCUCCAUCUAUGGCAGCACUGACAUCAAGAAAGCCAUUGCCUGCCUCUUAUUCGGAGGCUCUCGCAAGAGGCUCCCAGAUGGACUGACCCGCAGAGGAGACAUCAACUUACUGAUGCUGGGUGACCCCGGCACAGCCAAAUCCCAGCUGCUGAAGUUCGUUGAGAAGUGUUCACCUAUUGGGGUAUACACCUCAGGGAAAGGCAGCAGCGCUGCCGGCUUGACGGCCUCGGUGAUCCGCGACCCGUCCUCCAGGAGUUUCUUCAUGGAGGGAGGAGCCAUGGUGCUGGCAGACGGGGGAGUGGUGUGCAUCGAUGAGUUCGACAAGAUGCGGGAGGAUGACCGUGUGGCCAUCCACGAGGCCAUGGAGCAGCAGACCAUCUCCAUUGCUAAGGCAGGAAUCACAACCACACUCAACUCCCGCUGCUCAGUGUUGGCAGCUGCCAACUCUGUCUUUGGGCGCUGGGAUGAGACCAAGGGUGAGGAGAACAUUGAUUUUAUGCCCACCAUCCUGUCCCGAUUUGACAUGAUCUUCAUCGUCAAGGAUGAGCACAACGAGGAGCGAGACAUGACGCUGGCCAAGCAUGUGAUGUCCUUACACGUGAGUGCCUUGACGCAGACCCAGGCCGUGGAGGGCGAGAUCGAGCUGAACAAGCUGAAGAAGCUCAUCUCCUUCUGUCGGACGAAGUGUGGCCCUCGGCUCUCGGCGGCAGCGGCGGAGAAGCUGAAGAACCGCUACAUCCUGAUGCGGAGCGGCACUCGCCAGCACGAGCAGGAGAGUGACCGCCGCUCCGGUGAGCAACCCUGCCCUCCUCGCCCCACCGAAACCUUCGGGGUUGGGGUUGCAUCGCUAGGAGUCACCUGGGGUAGCCCAGGAAGGGGCUUAGUGGGGUGCUGGGGUUUGGGGGAGCCCUCUGUGAACAGGGCAACACUGGAGGUGCCUGGAGUCGGGCAGCUGGAGGCCAUCAUACGCAUCGCCGAGUCCCUGGGGAAGAUGAAGCUUCAGCCCUUCGCCACCGAGGCGGAUGUUGAAGAGGCCUUGCGGCUCUUCCAGGUGUCCACGCUUGAUGCAGCCAUGUCAGGCAGCCUGUCAGGGGCAGAAGGCUUCACGACACAGGAGGACCAAGAGAUGCUGUCCCGCAUUGAGAAGCAGCUCAAGCGCCGCUUUGCCAUCGGCUCUCAGGUGUCGGAGCACAGCAUCGUCCAGGACUUCAUGCGCCAGAAAUACCCAGAACACGCCAUCUACAAGGUGCUGCAGCUGAUGAUGCGGCGGGGGGAGAUCCAGCACCGCAUGCAACGCAAAGUCCUCUACCGCAUCAAGUGA